CACGCUGACUGCACAGAACACAUCUUGAUGGUUCGGCACUACUUCAGCUGCUCAACUACGUCCCCUUCUUCCAUCACUUGCCGCAGUGCCGAUCACGCCUUCCUUGCACGCCUCUACCCGAGAAGGCGGAUGUGACCUUUGACUACUUCUCUCCAAUACGCGCGCUGCACUUGUGCGUCCUCUUUUUCUCCUCUCGCAACCAAAGUCUACCAUAGUUCUCAACACUUCUGAACGUCGCAUUCUCUACCAAUUCGCGGUAAAUGCUACUGUUCAUCGACACCUUCUUCCAUCAAUUCUGCGGCUCUUCCGAGUCCGACUCAGACUGAGCAAUCGCCAUGUCCGUCGCACUCAAGAAUGGCGAUUCGCCUAAGGACGAAAAGUCAAAGCCCAGUUUUGGUGAAGAUGGCUACUAUGACGGCUUUGCUUCGUCGCCGGACGCUGCAGAGUCCGGAGGCCGCAAGAAAGUUCCAAAGAAGAUGAACCGCAUCGAUGUACCUCGGACGAAGUCCAUUGGAGGCUCCAUCGCUGGACGCGCCGUCACGGACAGCAGCUCGGAGGACAUCUCUGUCGAGAAGCAAAUGGCGCUGGAGGAGGGAAAUGCGAUCAAGUACCGAACUUGUAGCUGGCAGAAGACUGCGGCGCUCCUCUUUUCGGAGUACAUCUGCUUAGCCAUCAUGAGUUUCCCAUACUCCUACGCCAUCCUCGGUCUCGUACCCGGACUCAUCCUCACUGUUGUCGUGGCUGCUAUGGUGUUGUAUACGAGCUUGCUCGUAUGGGAAUUUUGCCUCCGCCAUCCCGAAGUCAAAGAUGUCUGCGACAUUGGACAGAUGCUUUUCUGGGGCAAGAAAUGGGCAUGGUAUUUUACCGCUGUCAUGUUCCUCCUAAACAACACCUUUAUCCAAGGAUUUCACUGCCUUACAGGAGCCAAGUAUCUCAACACGAUGACGAACGGCAACAGCGGUGUCUGCACCAUCGUGUUCUCUGCCAUCGUAGCCAUCGCAUCCUGGGCCUGCUCCUUGCCACGUACGUUCGGCACACUUUCGACUUUGGCGGGAUUCUCGGCUUUUUUCACCUUCAUAUCGGUCAUCCUAGCGACCAUUUUCGCAGGUAUCGAGGACCAUCCCACCGGUUAUCCGAAACUAGGUGAGCCGACUGUGUACGCUGUGACCCCUAGCUCGGUCACAUUCGUAGCUGGCAUGAACGCCUUCAUGAACAUCAGCUACACUUUCAUCGGCCAGAUCACACUUCCAAGUUUUAUCGCCGAAAUGAAGAACCCGCGGGACUUCCCCAAGGCUCUAUGGGCCGUCACCAUUGCAGAGAUAAUUCUGUUCUCUCUAGUCGGCUCAAUUGUCUACUCCAGGACUGGAACUGAGUAUUACACUUCUCCCGCAUUUGGCUCAAUAUCGAACGAAGUGUACAAGAAGGUGUCAUUUUCGUUCAUGGUGCCCACCAUUCUUUUUUUGGGCGUCCUGUACGCCUCUGUCAGCGCUCGCUUCGUUUUCUUCCGGCUUUAUGCUGGCACUCGACACAUGACCAGCAAUACCGUUGCUGGAUGGGCCGGCUGGGCUGCUAUCUUGGCGGUCACUUGGGUGCUGGCAUUCAUUAUUGCAGAAGUGAUUCCAUUCUUCAGCGAUUUGCUGUCGCUGAUGAGCUCGCUCUUCGACAGCUUCUUCGGUUUCAUCUUCUGGGGCACUGCAUAUAUCAGAAUGCGGAACGCAGACUAUGGACCGGAUUUCUGGAAGACGAGAGGCGUUCGAGGAUACUUGGGGAUCGCUCUCAACGUUUGCUUGAUCGCGAUUGGAUUCUUGUUCCUGGGAGGCGGCACGUAUGCCAGUGUGGAAAGUAUCAGACAGGGGUACAAGGGCGAAGGCUUUGGAGGUCCCUUCUCGUGCGCGUCCAAUGGCGUUUGAGCUGGGAAUCUGUAUAGGUGUAGGUUUUGCAUUGCAUAAGGAAUGAUUGUCAGGGAAAAUGAACA